AUGCAUAAUUAUUAUGAACAAGUCGAUUUUUUAAACGGAGGGAAAGUGGCUCACUAAUAAGAGGUUCGGUAUUAGGACCAAGAUUAAUUACCUUAAGAAACAGAGAAAACUCUAAAGAUAUUGGAUCAAGAAUUGGCUGUUGAUGAAGAAUACAAAGAAGCAUUUGAAAUAGCGAGAAGACUAUUGAAAUUUUAUAAAAGUGAGAAUGCAAUUAGGAAUGGAUAGUAUUUUGCUGGAGCAGCACUAUAUUUUGGAUUUAGAUGCAAAAAUGCCCCAUAUCUACUAAUAGAAAUUUCAGAAUUUAUAAAAAAGGACUCUGCCACAAAGGUGGCCAAAUGUUAUUUAAAACUUUUAAAAUUUGUAAAGGCAGAUGCCAAAGCUCCCCAAAUAGUUCAAUUAGCAAAAAGCUUAUAAUAUUUAGAUCCCUCUAUCUACAUACCAAAGUUCGUAAGACUAUUAGAAAUAAGCCGAGAUAAAUACAAGGCGAUUGUUGACACAGCAAUGAAAUUAAUUAAAAGAAUGAUGUUAGAUUGGAUGGCUUAUGGGAGAAGACCGUCAUCACUUUGUGGAGCUGCAUUACUCAUUUCAGCUAGAUUCCAUGGAGAAAAUGUGCCUACUUCUUAGGUCUGCAAAACUGUACAGGUUUGUGAUGAAACAAUUAGAAAAAGAUUGGCAGAGUUUAACUAAACAGGGUUAUCGUAGUUGACAAGAGAGCAAUUUGAAUAGAUUGAAAAUAUAGAGACUGGUAUUCCAGGACCAGUAAAUGAUCCACCUUCUUAUAGAAGAAUUAAAUAAUAAGAAGAAGAAAUGAGGAAAGGAUUGACAGAAGAAUAAAUUAAACAAUUAGAAGAAAGCACUUUAAAAAAAGCCUUAGAAAUGAUCGAAUUACUUAAGGUCUAGCCUGAAGUCUUUAAACAAGAAGACAAUUUAAAAUAAGAAUAUCCUAUUCCUGUUAAAGAGCCAAUCAAAGAAUAAAAAGAUAACGAAAUCUUAUCCUCUUUAAGUGAAAUAGAUGAAUAAGAAUAUAUCUUAAAUGAAUAGGAAAAGGCAAAUAAACAAAUUGUCUGGUCAGCAUUAAAUAAAGAAUACAUUUAUGAUAUUGAACUUAAAAAUCAAAAGAAGAAAGCCUAAUAAGAAAAAAAUCUGUUAAGUGGAAAUAAAUAAUAGACCUAAAAAGCAAGGAAAUAAGCAAAAGUAGAGAAAUCUUUUCCAACACCUUAAGAAUCUGUGGCUAAAAAUUAUGAAAAUGAUGGCAUAAAUCCAUAGGCUGUAAAGAAUUUAUUCUCAAAAGAAGAGGCAUUUUUUGCAUAACUUAGUUGA